AACGUUUGGAGAUCACUUACUAGAAUGAGUCUUGAUUGUCUUUUUCUUUGUAUUUUCAGUGGGAUUCCUGUUUUUUAUGAUUAAAGCUAUCGGAUUUUUGCAACUUUUUUUUUGGCAACUAAAUCAUCACUUUCAUACUUUACAAUUCUGGCUGGUAUCAAAUCUUCGUCUAAGAAGCUUGACCAAAUGAUGUAAUAGUCAUCGUAUAUUAUGGCUUCAAUAGACUCCUUUAAGGCUUUUUUUUUUUCCUCUCUUUUUUCCGUACUUUAUCCCCUGGCUGAUGCUCCGCUUAGCAUUUGGUUCAAGUAAUAAAUUUGGUUUUCUGGGUAUCUGAUUUUGGUUAUAUAUUUGCCUUGGAUUCUUUAUAAGCUCAUCUCUUUUCAUUAUGAAAGCAAUCUCCAUUUUUCUGUUGGCUUUACGCACUACUGAUUUCUGGAAUUUGCCGAACCUUUUUAUUCCUUUCCCACCUAGCUAUAGAUUCAAUCCGUGUUUUUAUUUGUUUAAUUUUUUAUCCCUCCUCUUAAUGUAGGUUGGGAUUUCUCUCAACUUAAUCCUUUUAGCUUUCUUAAAAAUUUGCUACCGGACGAACUAGCUUUUGUUUUUUAGGCUUUCAACCCAAACAUGAAUGUAGUAUGGAGUUUGUAUGAUUGUAUCUACGGUUGUCUCAUGGCGUGAGAUAAUAGUUUGGUUUAUAAGAUACUAGUUGAGAUCUGGGUGAUUUUACCUGCAUGAUUUUCGGAUUAAGCUGCAUUGAUUUCAUAUAUGCUACUUUCGUUUUAGUAACAUGUUUAAUGUGCUUGUUCUUAUGACUGUGGCUUGGACUAUUGAUUGAAGGUGCUGUUCUCAAUGGUAUUGAGGUUACCAAGUUGAAUUAUGUUUUAUUGAUUAAACUUAACGUUCCAACACUAAUGGCACUGCUGGGAAUGCAAGCUGACAUGCAGUAUAAAAGCUAUUUUCCCAGACAUUAUUCUACCAUGGAUCUUAACUUGGAUGCCAAUGGCUCUAUAUGGCCCGUAAAUAAUAUUGAUAGAAUAUUUAUGAAUGGACACAGCCAUGAUGGUGCCUUAUUACUUCCCUUUCCUUAUCAGCUUUUGGUGCAAAACAAGGCUGCAUUGAAGCAGACAAUGCUCAAGCAUGAAGCUAUAUUCAAGGACCAGAUCCGUGAACUCCAUCGCCUUUACUGGAGACAGAGGGAAUUAAUGGAUGAAAUGAAAAUCAAGUUACUAAAACAUCAUCUACGGCUGGAGACCUUAUCGUCAAAUCCACAGUUGUCUAAGAACUCUCAUGAUUAUGCCCAAAAGCUGUGCCAUGCAUAUGGCUUGCCACAAAUGAACCCUGCAUGCAACCGAUUGUCUGUUUCAACUACUGAAAAUGACCUGCCAUUGUCAUGUUUUAAAGAAGGAAAUAUCAUGUAUGCAGGUCCUGAACCUGCUCAAACUAAAUUCUCUGCCUGUGUGUUAGAGCCUAAGUGCAAGAAGUUUAGUAAGAAGAUCUUGGAUCUUGAACUUCCACCUGAUGAGUACAUUGAUAGUGAAGAAGAGGAAUGUUUACCUAAGGCACCUACGGUGUUAGAUCAUCCUCCAAACAAGAUUGUUGAGGCUGUGGAUAAGAGUAAUCAACAACCAUACCAUGGCAGCAGCAGCUUCAACUCAGCUUUGCGGGGGAUAAUUUGACUCCCAGUUCUAUUUCUGAUAAAAGGAUUUGUUUGGCUGACUUGAAUGAACCAGUCAAACUUGAAGAAGAGGCAGAUUCCACUUCCAUAUAUGUGACUGACUUGAAUAAACCAACGAAGCAUGAGGAAGAGGCAGCUCCUAAAUUCAAAAUUUUGGCUAACUUGAAUGAACCCAUCAAGCUCAAAGAAGAAACAGCUUCCAUCACUGGUGAUUUUCCAAGUUCUGCUGUCCACAGGGAGGUCCCAUGUCUGGAUCUGCCUCAAAAGUUUAACUCAGGCCUUCAAGUCUUUUCCACGGAUUUGGCGCAAAGCACUGAGAAAAGAAGUGUUUUUGAAACUUGUUCUGAAGGUUUACACCUGGAAGCAAACAAAAAGGAAGAGUUGCCAUCUUCUUUCAAUGAAACAGGUGAGAAUCCUGUUGUCAGGUUGCAUAAACAAUCUACAGAUUUUGGUGGAGAGAGAUCCACCACUUUAGAAGACGCUGAGCUCAAGCAAGGUCAAGGACAAAGUGGAAGCAAUUCUGUUUCUUUACCUGUAGGUUUUGGUGGAGACGUAUCCACAUCUUUAGAAGAUGCUAAACUCAAGCAAACUCAAGAAUUUCUGAGGUCUGAUCUCAUGGAUCAGAGUGAGAAAAAGUCCUACAGUGAAGGUUCAGAGAGCCUUGGAAGAGAAAUCUCCUCUAAUAGCUUUCCUGACACCGAUACUUCUUGUCAGCUUAUUUCUAUGACUGAUGUAGGGAAUUCUGAAGCAUCCUCAGUUUCAUCUUGGAGAAAACAUGUACAUGACAUUAUGCGGAACCCUAUAGUAGUUCAAGCACUCCCGUGCUUCAACACAUCUGCACCAUUGAGGAUAUCUAAAAUAUCAGCUGCAAUACCCUGGCUUACUGGUCAGAAGUCUGACACACCAUCGACCAGUUUUGAUGGUCUGGACCGUAACAACAAUGAUUUGGCAUCUGAGCACCAUUUCCCUACUAAAUUGAUUAGCCUUUCCAUGGAAGUGAAGCCUGCAACGGAUGAUAAUUCUAAUUCAGUGUCACACAUCUGUUCCUUGGGUAGAGAAAAGAAGCUUGAAGAUUUAACUAGGGGGUUACCUUGGCUUAAAACAAAGUCAUUAUGUAAGAGGACAUGUGGUAAAAGAAGUGCGUUGCCAACUCAAGUGGAAUCUGUCUUAGAGCGAGCUCAUUUAUCAUCCAUCCAUGACGUAGAGCUGAAGAAGGUUGAUGCAAGCAACAAUUCAUGUGGCAAGUGGGUUCAAGGAUUUCAAGAAAUAUAUAACAAGCCUCCUCAUAUGUCCAAUGGCCACUCUUCAUCCCAUCUGUGUCCAUUGGCAGAUGAAUACAUCAUGAUUAAGAAGGAUAGAUUAACUGAUACUAAUGAGGAUGCUGAUCCAGUGAUUGACUCACAAAAACAGCCAUUUUCGAAUAAGGAUGUAGUAGGGGGUGGACUUCAUAAUAAAAUUUCAGAUUUCAGAGUCACUAUUGACCUGAACUCAAGCAUGGAUGAACAUGACUAUUCACCAGCACUAUCUGUUUCUACAGAAAUGGAUUUGGAAGUACCUGUGAGCCCAGCAAAUAAGGAGAGAUCUCCACAAAGACUAGAAUCAGAUGAAAACCAAGUUGAGAGACCUUUUCAAAUCUCUGGAAAGGAAGAUGAGGAUGUGCACGUGAAUCUAGUUGGUAAUGCACUGAGGGCUACAGUGUCAGGACAAGAAGGUGGGGAUAUGCUAGAUGAACUUGUUAGGACUGCAGCAAAGGCUAUCGUUUCCAUUUCUUCAUCUACAGUUCAAACUUGUUCAGAACCUGUUGCUUGCGAGCUGUUUGAGCUUUGUUGGAGUGACGAGCUGUAUUGGUUUGCUGGGGUAGCUUCUUUAGUGGUGGAUGACCCUGAUUGUGAAUUUGGAGUAGCUCUGAGUUGUAGAAACAGUAAGGAUAAUGAUGAGUGUCUAUGUGAUGGUCUUGACUAUUUUGAGGCCAUGACACUGAAGCUGACUGAGACAAAGGUCGAAGAACAGUGGGUUAAUGAGUGCAAUGACCAGAAAGACCACAAAGAGGCAGCAGCAGUUGAUACUUCUUUGCUGAGUCAGAUGAGGAGAGGUCGGAUGAGGAGAAGGAGGCAGCAGCAGAAGCAAGAUUUCCAAAGUGAAAUUCUCCCUAGUCUUGCUUCGCUUUCAAGGUACGAAGUUACUGAGGAUCUACAGACAAUAGAAGGACUGAUUGAAGCUGCUAAUUAUAGUUGGGGAACAUGCCCAACCAAAAACGUGGGCAGAACUUCCUGGGCAAGGGGAAGGAGGCGCACAUGCAUUUCUACUUCCAAUUCAACAGAGAUUAGUUUUGGGGAAAAGGGAUCUGUGGAGGGAAAACUCAUUGGGUGGGGGAAGAUCACAAGGCGGCAAAGGGGGCCAAGAUGUCGACCUAGUAACCCUUGGUUUAUUAAAGGGCAAGUACACUGAGAGUAAGUGAUAUGUUAUGGCUUUUUUGGAUCCAGAAAUGUUGAGCUAUGGGAUUGUCAUGUUUCAUGUACAUAUCUACUUCAAUAUGGUAUAUGCAAUUGAACAUUGAUACACGAGAAUUCAGAAAGUUAAAUGUUUCCAGAA